AUGCAAUGUUUGUCCGGUUGUCAAUGUCUUGAUAAAAAUGUGGCUAUUUGUUCAUCUCUACCCGAAAAUUUCGAUAAAGAGCAUCGUAACAUAAAGAAAAUUAUUCUAAUAAGACCAAAUUGUAACUGCCAAUUUGCAAGAUGGUAUCGUUGGAUCGAAUGGAAGGAAAUUGAUGUUGAAGGCGCUUGUUAUCAACCUUCACAAUUUUUGAAUAUUCCAGUUCAAUCAAUCCAUCUUGAAGCACUUAUUUGCCCUCAAGAUAGUCCAGAGCGUUAUUGUUUUCAUGUAAAGUUAUCACCUAACAUAACGGACAGUACCACGUACCCAGUCGAUGCUAUAGGCUGUGACUUUCAGAAAGGUCUAUGUGGUUUUCGACAAAUUAGAAAUGCAGAUUCAAUCGAUUGGGAUUUAAAAAGUGGACCGACAACAUAUUCGAUGGUAACCGGCCCUUUGUCCGAUCAUACAUAUGGGACAGCUACAGGAAAAUAUCUUUAUAUGAAUUCUUUACCAAAUCCUCAAAAUAGUGUUGCUGAAAUUAUUAGUCCGCCGUUAAUCAUAGCCGAUCAGGUCAAAACUGUUAAUAUUAUCUUCUAUUAUCAGCUAUAUGGACGCGAUAUCGGUGGUAUUAGGCUUUAUGCAAUAUAUUCGAAAUAUAGCCUAACAAAGUAUCAAAUCUGGGAACGAAAAUAUAAUAGAGGCCCUUACUGGAGAAAAGCUGAUAUUAUGUUUAAUCCACAAUACCCAGAAUAUCAGAUUAUUUUUCAAGCAAUAGACGGAGGAACCUAUAGCGAUAUUGCAAUCGACGACAUUUACAUUUCUCCAUUUGAAGAAGAUUGUUAUAGCGGCAGCAACUAUGGAAUAUAUUACAGGGGUACAACCAGCACAACACAAGCGGGAAUAAUAUGCCAGUCAUGGUUUACAGUAUUUCCACAUCAAUCUAACUUUUCAUCGACUUUUGAAAAUCAAUUGGAAGUUAAUUACUGCCGUAAUCCAGGAGGUAGUAAAUCGAAGCCUUGGUGUUACACGAUUAAUGCCUCAAUCCAAUGGCAAUAUUGCGAUCUUUCGCAAUGUCCACCUCGGUUACCAAUUAAACCGACAUCAUUGCCAGGCGAUUCGAAAUUUGCUAGCACGUUACCUAUAUCAAUUGGCCCUAAUGGGUUACUUGCUUUCUUUCGUGGCUCGGUAUGGGGCACUAUUUGUAUAAGUAGUGAUUGGGGAUAUACAGUCUCGACUGUAAUCUGUAAACAGAAAGGCAUUUCUAUAUCUGGUAUAACAAAAGCUAUAAAACUAAAUAAAGCUUACGAAGGAGAUCCAUCUUGGUAUUAUCCUAUUGAAUGCACUGGGCUAGAAGAUUCUCUAGAACAGUGCAAGAGUAACGUUAGCGAUGCUAAGGGUUUAGUAAGCUGUGACGAUAACUACGCGAUAGGAGUCGACUGUCUUCAACCUACCACAGGCUGGCCAACCCAUGAUCCUAUCGAAUAUUAUUCUGUCUUGGCUGGGGGGAAAUCGUUACGUGAAGGCUACUUACAAGUAUAUUCUGGUUCAAGCAAUUCUUUCACUACAGUCUGCUCAACUUUGAAUAAUUCUCUUCCACUCGAUAUUCCUGACGUUAUGUGCAGGGAGCAAGGAUUUCUCUAUGCUUUAUCAACUGAAGCCGAAUUAAUUGAGUUAGUCAUUUGGCCACGAAAGUCUUGGAUUUAUGACCUUCAUUGUACUGGCUACGAACAUAAGAUCUAUCGUUGCCAGCAAAUGAAAUACGAUAACGUGGAUUUGGGACCGAAAUGCGAGAGAAGGAACAAGUUGAUAACUGCAAAAUGCAAAGCUGACGAGAGUGAUUUAAAUACCCUUGACCCAAGCUGUGAUUUUGAAAAAGGAUUUUGUGGAUGGAACUAUAAACAUCGGAUUCCUUUUACUAAUCUUGCCUAUUGGGUGUAUAAAGAUGAUAGCGAGGGACAUUAUCUACCAAUUCCUGAUUUAGCAGGUAAUUUCAUUUAUACCAUUCAAGGUCCAUUUUGGACUUCUGGUAGUUCGGCAGCAUUAGCUAGUCCAUUACUACAAAUAGCUAACGAUGCCAAUUUGGUUGCUUCCAUAUCUUUCAAGUAUUAUGUUUAUGGAAGAAAUUUUCAAAAGAUUGAAGUAUUAAUUAAAAAUGGCAGUCAAGAAGGAGCCAGUACUAAAACAUUAUGGAGCCAAGAGCUGACAGUUCAGCAGAUUUCUGGCUGGAUACCACAAACUUUACCAUUGCAGUCCUCAACAGAUUUUUCGAUUUUAAUAGUGGCGUACUCAAAAUAUAUCGAUUAUAACCCAAACCCGACACCACCAUUAAGCGCUAUUGCUCUGGAUGAUAUUAAAUUCACAAAUAUAAUUAAAAAAAAUGAUAGAACUGACCCCAUCCCUAUAAUUUUGGUGACGUUGGGACUUCUUACUAUUAUCGUAGCUUUAUUCGUAAUAGUAGGCUAUGUCUCGAAAAAGGAAACGAAGAGAUCUGUGGUGGUUACAAAUGAUAAAUAA